UCUCCAUAUAAUAAUUCUCACUCAUUAUCUUUUCCCUGCUUCAAGCUUUGCACUCCUCAUUACCUUAUCCUCACACUCUCUCUCACACACUGACACACACACACACUCACAGUUUCAUCAAAUCAACAAUUGGAUCUAACCCAUCAAAGAAGAACAACAACAAAGACACAAACUUUCUUCAUUUUGAUAGAAUCAGACGAUCGAAAACUCUGUCUGUAAAUAAAAACAAGAAGAAGCUGAUGUGAUCAUGGAAGAAGGCGGCGAUGAUGAUCUUCACCACCACCACAACCACCACCGUUCAAAUUUCCCAUUCCAACUCCUAGACAAAAAAGAAUUAGACCCACCACGAGAACCCUCUCUAGCAAUCUCAACAAUCUCCGGCGCCACCACAACCACCACCACCGCCGCCGCCGGCGAAACAUCCACCAAGAAACCACCUCCUAAAAGAACAUCCACCAAAGACCGACACACAAAAGUCGACGGCCGUGGCCGUCGUAUCCGCAUGCCUGCUCUCUGCGCCGCCAGAGUUUUUCAACUUACACGUGAACUUGGUCACAAAUCUGAAGGAGAAACCAUCGAAUGGUUAUUACAACAAGCUGAACCCGCCAUCAUAGCCACCACCGGUACCGGCACGAUUCCGGCCAAUUUCACUUCACUCAAUAUCUCCCUCCGCAGCUCCGGUUCUACCUUGUCUGUACCUUCUCAUCUCCGAUCUACUUCUUAUUUCAAUCCAAAUUUCCCUCCUGCUUCAAGAAACCUCAAUUUUCAUCCGACCCAGAAUCCAAUUCUACAUGGGAAAUCGGAAAGAAACAGUCUUGAUUUAACGGAUGGCACAGAGGAGGAAGAUACAAUUAGCCGGAAAAUUCGGCCGGAGGAACAUGAACAUGAUGGUAAUAGUUAUUUAGUACAAUCGAAUUCAGGGUCGAUUCCGGCGGGUCAUGGAUCUAUGGCGCCGGCGAAUAUUUGGAUGAUGCCUAAUUCAAUUAAUCAAACAAUAAGUGGCGAUCCAAUUUGGAGUUUUCCUCAAAUGAACAAUAGUGGUUUACAUUUCAUGAACUUUCCAACUCAUCUUGCCUUACUGCAAAAUCAACAUUUGACGGCUGGAAUUGGUGCCGGUGCCGGCGCCGGCGAUAGCAACGGCGGCGAUGUACAUCUUUCGGAUGUAAACCCUUAUAAUAGGGGGGCAAUUGUCAUCAAGAUGUUGGUUAAUUUGGAGCUUUAAUCAAGUAAGUACAAA